GGGUGUAGUGAUCCUCUCCGUCGGUCCCUACUUCAGUGCGCGGAGCUGGCUGCGACCCUGGAGACGGGGGGCACCGAGCUGAUCUCCCCGGUGAGGGCGCGUCUCCCUCGCUCCUCGGAUUUGUCGCUUUGCUUUUUGUGCUACCAGGAGUUUGCCCAGAAGUUUGGGGCAGCGGGGAGUGGCUUUAACCCCCCUCCCUCCCCCCGCAUCUCAGGAUUUUAGGAGCUUCACCAUCGUUUUUUUGUUCCGUGCGCCUCCAUUCCCUCCAGCCACCAUGGGAAGCCAGGGCUCCAAACCGGCCAAAGGAGACGUGAUGGCUCAGAAAUCGGCCGAUGUUGCUGCGGUGUCUCCCUCCAAAUCAAACGGCCAGGAGAAUGGCCAUGUGAAGAUAAAUGGGGAUGUCUCACCAAAGGCUGAUGGAGAAGCCCCACCACUGAAUGGCAAUGGAUCUGCGGAGCCAGUCAAAGAUGAGGCCAAGGCAGAGUCUGGCAGUGGAGAUGCCAUUGAGCCAGCCCCAGCUGCUGAAGGUGGGGAGGCCAAGCCUGAUGGUGCUGCAGCCUGCAAGGAGACCCCCAAGAAGAAGAAGAAGUUCUCUUUCAAGAAGCCCUUCAAGCUGAGCGGGAUCUCCUUCAGGAAGAACAAGAAAGAGGCUGGGGAUUCUGCUGUGUCCUCUCCCACAGAUGACCAGGCCAAAGCAGAAGCCAAAGGAGAGGAGAACCCUACCUGCUCUGCCAAUGAAAUGGAGCAGACCAGUACAACACAGGAAGAGAAAGCGGAGGAGAAAGCUGCUGCAGUGGACAGCAGUCCGGCUGCUGCUGAGGGGCAGCAGGAAGCGGAGCCUAAAAGGGAAGAUGCAGAAGCAGGGGAAGCCAAGGAGAAAGAGGAACAGGAGCAGCAGCUGGGGGAAAGCCAGGAGGCUACUGCUAAGCCAGAGGAGUCCUCAAAACCCGUGGAGCCUGAGGCCAGUACAACACCUGCAGCAACUGAGCAGAAGGAAGAAUAGAGCCCACUUGACAUUAUCAUAACUUAAAGACUUUGUGCCAUCCUCCUCCCAAUAACACCGUGGACUUGCUGCCUUGCCCACACACCUGUAUGUUCAAAGUAGAACUGACAACACCUAAAAUUAAGAUGCCUGAAUUAUUUCCCUCCUUCCCCCUCCAUGCAGCUCACUGUUAGAAAACUGGUCUGGAUUCCCACCACCACCACUUGGGACUAGUUUGCCUGAAUCCUUUAAACCUGGAGGAAGAUGAUCCUGGACAUAACUGGAAUUUAGUCAUGCUCCAUCUAUUACACCAAACUCUGGGCUCUCUACUGAUCUACUGCCUCUUUUCCACUAAUCCUCCAAGCAGCUUUCAAAGUCCAAUAAGCCACUGACUGUUCAACGGAUUCUUUUUCUUGGUUUAAAUUCCUGGUUCUGACUUCAUUUAAAGUAUUUUGGGCUUUUUAUAGAAACAAACAGUUUAAAAGCUAAUCUGGUUAGUUUUUUAUAAUGUCUUACUAUUGGCUUAAACCCAUAAAGCUUGUAAGUCCGCUGUGUUUAAUUUUACUUCUAAGGGGUAACUUUUCUGGGGUGGGGGGAGGGAGAGUGCAAACUGUAUAAUGUGAAGUUUUUUUGUUUUCUCUGUAAAUAAUUUUUAAUGGCCAAAACAUUUGAUUUGCAAUUUUCUAACUCUAAAAAAAAAUUGUCUGGGUUUCCUUGUAACAUUUGAAAGGAAUAAAUGGUGACCCCUU